AGAUAUGGGAGGUAGUUACUUAAAUCCUCACAAGCCUUGUCAAAAGACCGGUCAUAAACCGCUAAACCGGCCGGAACCACUCGGUCUGAUCGAACCAGGAUCCGGUCGGUUUUGAAAAAAGAGGUAUAGCCGUUUUAACAAUCAGGAAAAGGGAUGGGGAAAAACCCAAAAAACCCUAACUUCCCCCAGCUCUCUCGCCUCUCUCUCAACUCCAGAAGAUCAGAACCCCUUCGAACGCAACAGCCUCUGUUCUUCGGAAGAACUUCUUCCAUCUCGUGGUCGUUCUUCAACCAAUCCAGCCACCGCCGCCGUCCGCGCUUCUCCAAGAGUCGUCGCAACGCCUCUGUUCGUCGCACUUCCGCGUCUGUUUGCCGAGCUUCCCCUCUGUUUCGCCGUGCUUUUGCCGCCGUUUCACCGUGCUUCCGCCGCGCUCCAGGAGCCUCGGUUCAAGUGAAAGGGUCCUGCCUCCCCCACCAACUCCGACGCCAUCUCUUUUUUUAUUUUUGAAGAAAAACCACACAAUUGGGCUGGCCCACUCAAAAUUUGCUUUCGCUCUCCAUAAUACAGUGGGCUUUUCCCGAUUAUUCCCCCAGCCCAAGCCCAAAGAGAAAAAGGAUAUCUGCAAAUAAUCUGGCCUCACCUCGCCGCGACGGCACUAGCGCUCCUAGUCGAAGUUGAAUUUACAUUGAAGCGAAUUGAUUUGUGAAUCGAAUUUUGAGUUCUCCGAACAAGAAAGUAAUGCAGUGAUGGAGUUUUGCCCAACUUGUGGAAACAUGUUGCAGUAUGAACAGCCUAAUCUGGGUCGCCCCUCUAGAUUUUAUUGUCCAACUUGCCCCUACGUUUGCCACAUUGAGAACAUGGUCAAGAUUAAGAGAAAGCAGUUGUUGGUGAGGAAAGAGAUAGAGCCAGUUAUCUCACAAGAUGACAUGAAGAAUGCUCCCACAGCUGAGGUGCCAUGCCCAAGAUGCAGUCAUGAUAAAGCUGCUUACACAGAGUUUCAGACUCGUUCAGCUGAUGAGCCAGCAACUAUAUUUUACUUGUGCCUGAAUGAGAAGUGUAAGCACCAAUGGCGUGAAGAUUAACUGCAUAUGCUCAUGCAAUCUUUUUAUUAUUUUUGGUUGGCCCAGCAUAGAGAAGCUUUUCAUGUUGUUUGAAUAGAAAUUAUAUGGCAGCUGAGAGGGGUGUGGUUCUUGGUUUCCUCUUUUUUGCUAAUAAUUACAAAAUUCUUAUAUUUUCCAGUUUUUUGUCUAUUUUAGAAUAUUAAUAAAAUUUAAUUUUAUAUCAUUACUUCAUAUUAAUCAUUGUCAUUUGUUUCAAUCCAUGUAUAUUUAAAUAUUUGCUACAUUGCCACUUAUCGUUUGAAUAGUGUAAAUCAUAUUAAUGU